UUAGUAAAUAAUUUUUGCACUUAUUGCUCGAACUUUGAGCGGAAUCCGUCUUAAUUAGAACGCAACAAUUGGAAGUUAUUUCAAGCAUGAUUGUCACUAAAACCUCUGAGAAGAUAUAACUACGAAGGUGCUGUUUUGUUUAGAAAGAUUUCACGCGCGUACUUUGUUCAGAUGCAUUUAAACCAUGUGCUGUUGAAGUGGCGGUGGUCUCGAGAGGUCUCCCUUAUUAAACUCUUCAUUUUCUCGCGUGAUUUAGGAGGUAUUUAAGUACAUCUAGCUCUUGAAGUUGUUUCUUGGACAUUUACGCUACACACCUUUUUAACUUUUGGCUUCUUAAUUCUUUUGGCUAGGUUUCGUCAGCUUUAACCUCUGUUUCGCUACCUUUCGUUCUCGGGAUCGAUUUGUCUCGAAUAUGUUACGGUUCGCUCGUGCGCCAAAUUUGAGAGCUACAAAUUUAUCAUGCGGCAAAUGACUCCUUCACGAUCGAGUGGUCGGUUUUGGAGAUCAGGUAUCUAUAUCGGGCAAUCAAUUAGUCACUCGGGAAACAUGACAAUCAAAGAAAAACAAGCAAAACAAAACAAAACAUAACAAAUAAAGCAAAACAAAAAGAAGUAAAAUGCAAAUCAAAACAAACAAAGCAACAACAACAAAGUGGCUGUGUGGUUGAACACCAGUUCAGUUUAGGCGAGGUCGCUUGUAUAGCUAUAAUUUAUCAUAUCCCAGACUUUUGACUUUUUGGCUUUGACUUAUUUGUUGAAUUGUUACGAUUUUUAAUUUCGAUCGAUGGCAUGAUAUUGAAAACCAGUAAUAACUGAAAAUUAUGCUUUCUGUUUUUGAUUGUUUAAUUUUUGCUUUUCGUGAAAAUGAAAUGGACCAAAGGUACACUCAUCUUACAAUCUCACAAUCUGCCGAGAACUGAGUUGUUUAAUAUUUAGACCAGCACUAUAUACAAUUCAGCUUAGUGAAACGUACCCUGAUUGGCUUCACUGCUUUCAUGGAAAGGACUCGGGAUGCCCCAAAACCGUCCGCUCACAUUGUGGGAGCUCAUUUAGAAGUAGUCCACUAUCCAGUUAACACAGUGAUCACCGACUGGUCAACCAGUGACAGUCGUAGUCAUCUUGCAGGUGGCAUGACGUACCGUGACGGAAAGUUGACAGUGCCCAGGGCUGCAAAGUACUACAUCUAUGCACAGCUCUACUUCAGGAGCCUCGGGAGAGUGUUUUUUGUUGUGAAUGACGAUAACGCCGUUACCUUGCUUCAGCGAUCGGAAACUGGGCGAGCGGAAGGCCCAAGGAACGCUUUCGGUGUAUUUGACCUUAAAGCUGGUGACACCAUCUCGCUGAAGAUCAAUUCGUGGGGAGCGCCGCAGAAUGGCGUCGAAUUUUGGUUCAAUGGCUACCACGAUUACUUCGGUGCAUUCUUGAUUUGAGCCUAUCACGGCUAACAGUUUAGCGUGUUGCCACGUCUCCUGUCCAAAUUAGUGAAAAGGUCAUUAAAUAAAAGAAACAGACUAGA